CAGGCGCCAUUUUUGGUCUUUUCGCGGAAUGACAGCAUGCUGUUGUCGAACAGAUAAUAAGACCAAGAUUUAGUGUGUUGUGACCUCCUUUUCAGUAUUUACGCACAAUGGGGCGAAAGAAGAAGAAGCAGAUGAAACCAUGGUGCUGGUACUGCAAUCGAGACUUUGAUGAUGAGAAGAUCCUCAUUCAGCACCAGAAGGCAAAGCAUUUUAAAUGCCAUAUUUGCCACAAGAAAUUAUACACUGGGCCCGGUUUGGCUAUCCACUGCAUGCAGGUACACAAAGAGACCAUUGACAGUGUACCAAACGCAAUUCCCGGCAGAACAGACAUAGAACUGGAAAUCUAUGGUAUGGAGGGAAUCCCAGAGAAAGACAUGCAGGAAAGGAGACGAACGUUAGAACAGAAGUCACAAGCUGGAGUGGUGACCAAGCCGUAG